GCUCCCGGCGCGCGGAUGCCUGGGGCGUGACGUCAGAGCCAGUAGAAAGGGGCCGGCGGAGGCGAGUCCGCGCAGGGGCCAUUGCAGGGAGCGGAGCCGGCGCAGCAGCAGCAGCCAUGUGCGAUUUCACCGAGGAUCAGACGGCCGAGUUCAAGGAGGCUUUCCAGCUCUUUGACCGAAUCGGGGAUGGCAAGAUUCUGUACAGCCAGUGCGGGGACGUGAUAAGGGCCCUAGGCCAGAACCCCACCAACGCUGAGGUCAUGAAGGUGCUGGGGAACCCCAAGAGCGAUGAGAUGAACAUCAAGACGCUGAGCUUCGAGCAGUUCCUGCCCAUGAUGCAGACCAUCGCCAAGAACAAGGACCAGGGCUGCUUCGAGGACUACGUGGAGGGGCUGCGGGUCUUCGACAAGGAGGGGAACGGCACCGUCAUGGGGGCAGAGAUCCGCCACGUCCUCGUGACACUGGGGGAGAAGAUGACGGAGGAAGAGGUGGAGAUCCUGGUGGCCGGGCAUGAAGACAGCAACGGCUGCAUUAACUACGAAGCGUUUGUGAGGCACAUCUUGUCAGGGUGAAGCCGAGCGGGAGCUGGUCCGGAUGGUGCUGAGCGGAUGAAGUGUCCAGCCGAUCUCCCCCCGUCCCUCCCCCCGAGGCCUCAGGUCGCGGCCGGGCGCUCGGGUUUAUUCUCUUCGGUGCCUUUUCUACGCCCCAUGUAAACUUUUCCUCCCUGGGUGGACCAGAAGGAGACUUCCCCUGCUGUGGGGGGGCUGUUGCGAGGGUGCUCCCCGGGGGUGGGUGGGAGGAAGAGUGAUCCCUGUUUCCUUUCUGGAGUCCCCCCCACCCUGUUCUAACCCCUCCAGCACUGCUACGUUGUUUCUUCUUCCAGCUGCUUUCACUUAAUAAACGGUUUGAAAAAUGGG